UCAGUUCUGCCUUCAACUUGUCUAGGGGAUAAGAACAGUGAAUAACCCACAGACAGAAAGUACAUAAAAAUGGCAGAGGCCAGUGUUGUAUUGAGUCAAGAUGCAUUUAGCUGUCCAAUCUGUUUGGAUCUACUGAAGGAUCCGGUUGCUAUUCCCUGUGGCCACAGUUUCUGUAUGGACUGUAUCACAGGCUGCUGGGAUCAGGAAGAGCUGAAGGGAGUCUACAGCUGCCCACAGUGCAGACAGACCUUUACACCCAGACCAGUUCUGGCCAGGAACACAAUGCUGGCUGAAGUGGUGGACAAACUGAAGAUCAUGGGAUUCCAGGCUGCUCAUUCUGCUCACAGUUAUGCUGAACCAGGAGAUGUGGAAUGUGACGUCUGCGUUGGGAGAAAACGAAAGGCAGUCAAGUCCUGUCUGGUGUGUCUGUCCUCUUACUGUGAAACUCACCUCAGAGUUCACAGUGAUCUCAACCCAGGUAAGAAACACAAAGUGAUUGAUGCUGCUGGUAAACUAGAAGGUCUGAUCUGCUCUCGUCAUGAUAAACUGCUGGAGGUCUUCUGUCGCACUGAUCAGACAUGCAUAUGUUUGCUGUGUGUCAUGGAUGAACACAGAGGACAUGAGACAGUUUCAGCUGCAGCUGAGCGAAUUGAAAAGCAGAAACAGUUGGAGGAGAGCUGCAGAAAAACCCAGCGGACAAUCCAAGAGAGAUAUAAGCACCUGCAGCAGAUGAAGGAGGCCAUUAAGUCUUUUAAGCACUCUGCUCAGGUAACAGUGGAGGACAGUGAUAGGAUCUUUACUGAAAUAAUCCGCUCCAUUGAGAGAAGACGUUCUGAGGUGACACAGCUGAUUAGAGAUCAGGAGAAGGCUGAAGUGAGUCAAGCUGAAGAACUCAUGGAGAAAAUGGAGUGGGAGAUUGCUGAGCUGAAGAAGAGAGAUGCUGAGUUGGAGCAACUUUCACAAACAGAGGAUCAUACUAGCUUUCUCCAGUCUUUUAGUUCUUUGACUGACCCAGAAGAUUCAUCAUCCAACAUCAGUUUCUCUUCAGAUGUGUCAUUUGAAGAAGUGAAAGACAACGUUUCUCAACUGAAAGAUCAAGUGGAAGAUUUACUUAAGUAUGGAAUAGACCAGAUUUCUAUGAGAGCAAAAACGAUAAGAAUAUCCUCUCCUCAUGAGCUAUUGACCAGACGAGACUUCUUAACAUGCUUGUGUCAACUCAAUUUAGAUCCCAACACAGCUGAACCAAGACUACAUUUGUCUGAAAGUAAUAAUGAAGUUACUUGUAAACGUAAGAAGCAGUCAUAUCCUGACAAUCCCGAGAGAUUUGAUAUUCGGGUACAGGUGCUCUGUAAGGAGGCUUUGACUGGAAGAUGCUACUGGGAGGUGGAGUGGAGCACGGACAGAGACAAUUGGGGUGGUUCUGUAGCAGUAUCCUACAAAGAGAUCUGCAGGAAGGGAGGGGACCAACAGGUUCGGUUUGGGUACAACAAGCACUCUUGGAGUUUACGCUGCAGUUCCACUGCAUGCUCUUUCGUACACAAUGGAGAGGUGACAGAACUCAAUGUAAUUCCCAACAGAAGAAUCGGAGUGUAUGUGGAUCACAAAGCUGGAAUUCUGUCUUUUUACAGCAUCAGUGGUGACAAAAUGACCCUCCUGCACAAAGUCCAGACCACAUUCACUCAGCCGCUCUGUCCUGGUUUUUGGGUACAAUAUUAUGGCUCAAUAUUGAAGCUAUGCCUUUAGGUAUGCCAUUUUGUUUGGGUGUCAUCAGGGGUACAGUAGAUCAUGACGAGCCUUUUCCAUCUACUUGAUGCACCCAAAAAUCUAUCAUGCUUAUCUCUUACUGAUUUCUAUCAUAUUUCUGACUGACUUACCUUGAAAAUCCACCUGUCUCAAUCAAAUGCAUGUUGAUUUGGUUCUAACAUGCAUUUCUUAUUUAAUAAAACAACACAUAUUAAGGUUCUUCCAGAUGGUUCAUAUUAUAAAUCUGAUUCAUUAUGUUCUGUAUACCUGUCUAAUGCAUUAAUAACUUGUCAUUUGUACUUGAGUGCGCUUCAUUAUAAAUGGAGUUGUAUCAAAAUCAAUAAAUGAUUCCUGUUUGGCUUGGCACAUUAUACUGAGCAUGGUGGAGAAGCAGCAUUAUCGCACAAUUGCUUGUUCCGGGUUCAAUUCUCAUCCAUUGCAAGUCCAUGUCACUAUAGAGGCAUCUGUUAAAUACCAGUCAACUUUAUAACACUUUAUAACACAUUUAUUUUAUUUUGGUAAAAAAUCUCACAAAGUAGCAAACAGGUGCAAAGCCAUUUCAUUAUAAAAACAGACAAAUUGGUCUCUAAAAGUUGUGCCUUGACGACAUACAAGAAUGUUUUGCCGAACACCACUGAAAUGUUUGCUCCCUCUCGUGGCUAUCAAUAGAAAUGGAAGUGUUUCUAUAUUGUGUUAUAUCUAAGAUGUCUAUCUGAUAUUACCCAGAUGAUCACAUUCAGGACUGGCCCUCUCUGAGCCUGGUAACCGAGCACCACUGCCAUUAUGUGGUAGUCCCAUCUCAAGAGGACCUUUAUGGAGGACCUCAAUGGCAAGCCAACUGCAGCUUGAUUGUUGACCCAAUUGUUUUCAUUAUUUACAACUGUA